AGAUAUCAGUUCAUCGUUUGUCACGGGUAAUAACGGUUGUCGGUAGGAUUAAAAAAUAAACUUAUUUACCAGAGAUCAGUUCCUUAGUUGAAAUAAUAAAUAAAAAGUUAAAAUGUUAGCUAAUGGUAUAUCUAUGCAUGUAAUGACAUGUAUAUCGAUUGUAACUGUGUUUCUCUUAAAUCAAAUAACUAUAAGUACUGGCAAUACUUUUUUUUGUCAAAAUAAUCAACAGUGUACGUUUCUUGAAUACUGUCCAGAUAUAGCGAUUAGUAUGAAAAGGAAUGAAUUUCCAAUGCACAGAUUUCGUCAAUCGAUAUGCGAUUAUUCAGGAUUAAGACCAAAAGUGUGUUGCAAUGUAAUAAGUUAUCCUGUUAAUCCAAUAUUAUAUGAAGAAAACAUAAGAUCGCUAUUAGAAUCAAGAUCGUAUUAUAAAUGUGGUAAAAGCCUUAUUAAAAAUAACAUUGAUAAUUUUGGAUCUUACCCUUUUCUAGCUAGAAUUGGUUUCAUAAAUUUGCAAACAGGACACAUCAAAUAUCCUUGUAGUGGUACAAUUAUAAGUGAAAGAGCAGUAGUAACAACAGCUUCUUGUGCUCUUGCUAAUUCUCAAAUUUACAAAUUGUAUGUUGUAACUAUUGGAGAAUUUAACACCGAAACAGAUCCUGACUGUAAUUCCUUAUUUUGUGGUCAUAAAGUUAAACAUUAUAAUAUAUCCUACAUAAUAAAACAUCCGAAUUAUUGUGCUGACAAUUUUGAAAAUAAUAUAGCAUUAAUUCGUUUAGAAAGACCUAUUCAUUUUGAAGUAACAGCACAACCUGUUUGUCUAUUACCCAAAGAAAUUUAUAUUAGAACAGGUUCAAAUACUGUAUUGAUUGGCUGGGGUAGAUUAUCGAAUCAAAAAGAUAUGUUAACCAUGCAACAAGUAUUAAACAUGGUAUUGUUACCUAAACAAAACUGCUUGGACUUUUUAAAUGAAGGAUAUUCGGUAGAAUUGUGUGCUAGUGGAGAAACAGAACCUUGUUCAGCUUACAAUGGAAGUCCCCUAUUGUACAAAUAUAGUGAUACUUAUUUUUUGGUAGGAAUUCUAUCCUAUGGCUCCAACUGUGAUGACAAAUCAAAUUUACCGGUGGUUUUUGUGGAUGUAAAAAAAUAUACGAGAUGGCUUUUAGAAAAUCUUUAAAUACUUUAUAUAUAUAAAUAAUGACAAUUUAUAGAUUUUUACCUUAAAACCUAAUUAACACA